CCGUUGCCGCAGUGACAGGACCGGGCCGCUCUUAAGAGCUGGGAAAUGGCGGCGGCAUCGUCGUCGCGUCGCUCCCAACAGCAGCAGCAGCAUCACCUCCCUCCUCACCACCCGGCUGCGACUCCCGCGUCGCCGCCGCAGAGCCCCAGCCUUCCCCCCCUCGGAGCUUCCCCUCAGCAGAGGCCCAGCCUAGCCGGACCCGAGGGGGAGGCUCACGGGAGCAGCGGCCGGGAGGCGGCGACGGCGGCGGAGAGGCCUUUCUCUCCGGAGAGCGUCUGCGAGGCCGCCGGGCCUCCUCCUCCUCCGGGCUCCGGCGCCAGCAGCGCCGCCAACAGCAGCAGCAGCAGUAGCAGCAGCAGCAGCUCCGGCUCGUCGUCGUCGUCCUCGGCCGCUUCCAGCCCGGCCGCCGCCGAGAGCCCCGACCCGCCUGCCCCUCCUCUGCAGCCGCCCUCUGCGCCCGUGGGAAGCGGCACUUUCCGGGAGCUGCUCGAGGCCUGCCGCAAUGGGGACGUGACCCGCGUUCGGCGCCUGGUGGAUGCCACCAACGUCAACGCCAAGGAUAUGGCAGGGAGGAAAUCCACCCCGUUGCACUUCGCGGCAGGUUUUGGAAGAAAGGAUGUAGUGGAACACUUACUACAGACAGGAGCCAAUGUCCAUGCUCGUGAUGAUGGUGGAUUGAUACCUCUUCAUAAUGCCUGUUCAUUCGGUCAUGCUGAGGUAGUCAGCCUGUUGCUGUGUCAGGGUGCAGAUCCAAAUGCCAGAGACAACUGGAACUAUACUCCUCUGCAUGAAGCUGCUAUCAAAGGCAAGAUAGAUGUGUGUAUUGUGCUACUGCAACAUGGAGCUGAUCCAAAUAUUCGAAACACAGAUGGGAAGUCGGCCUUGGAUCUUGCAGAUCCCUCUGCAAAAGCUGUACUUACAGGUGAAUACAAGAAGGACGAACUCCUGGAAGCUGCUAGGAGUGGUAAUGAAGAAAAACUAAUGGCUUUGUUGACACCUUUAAAUGUGAACUGCCAUGCAAGUGAUGGGCGAAAAUUCUCUUUCCAUAGGCAGAGAUCUGUUUCCAACACCAAAGCUAAAAAGGCUACGAUCACCAUAUUUCCCUCCACAGAAGAUGUCCACUCCAGGUUUUCUGGUGACCAGCUGUUCUCUAAGAGCACCUCAGUUUUCCUGCACGAAACCGGCAGGGAAUCUUCAUCCUCCUUGUCUACUCCGUUACAUUUGGCUGCAGGAUACAACAGAGUUCGGAUAGUCCAGCUUUUGCUUCAACAUGGUGCUGAUGUCCAUGCGAAGGAUAAGGGUGGACUUGUGCCCCUCCACAAUGCAUGUUCCUAUGGACAUUAUGAAGUUACAGAACUGCUGUUGAAGCAUGGUGCCUGUGUUAAUGCGAUGGAUCUUUGGCAGUUUACUCCAUUGCAUGAAGCUGCUUCUAAGAAUCGUGUGGAAGUUUGUUCUUUGUUACUCAGCCAUGGUGCAGAUCCAACGUUGGUCAACUGUCAUGGAAAGAGUGCUGUUGACAUGGCCCCAACGCCUGAACUGAAAGAGAGGCUUACCUAUGAAUUCAAAGGACAUUCCCUACUACAAGCAGCAAGAGAAGCUGACUUAGCCAAAGUAAAGAAGACACUUGCCUUGGAGGUCAUUAAUUUCAAGCAGCCACAGUCCCAUGAGACAGCACUGCACUGUGCUGUGGCUUCUCUUCACCCCAAACGGAAACAAGUCACUGAGUUGCUGCUUCGGAAAGGAGCAAACGUCAAUGAGAAGAAUAAAGAUUUCAUGACACCUUUGCAUUUUGCUGCUGAACGAGCUCACAACGACGUUAUGGAAGUUCUUCAUAAACAUGGAGCAAAGAUGAAUGCACUAGACACACUUGGACAAACUGCGUUGCAUAGGGCUGCUAUGGCAGGUCACCUGCAGACAUGUCGCCUCCUGCUGAAUUAUGGUUCUGACCCCUCCAUCAUCUCCUUACAAGGUUUUACAGCAGCGCAGAUGGGCAACGAAGCAGUGCAGCAGAUAUUGAAUGAGAGCACUCCUGUACAUACAUCUGAUGUGGAUUACAGACUGUUGGAAGCCUCUAAAGCUGGAGACUUGGAAACUGUGAAGCAACUUUGCAGUCCUCAGAAUGUGAACUGCAGGGAUUUGGAGGGGCGCCAUUCAACCCCAUUGCACUUCGCUGCAGGUUAUAACCGAGUGUCAGUCGUGGAGUACUUGCUUCAUCAUGGAGCGGAUGUGCAUGCAAAGGAUAAAGGUGGCUUAGUGCCCCUCCACAAUGCUUGCUCAUAUGGACACUAUGAAGUGGCAGAGUUAUUGGUGAGACACGGGGCAUCUGUCAACGUCGCAGAUCUGUGGAAGUUCACACCACUACAUGAAGCAGCAGCAAAGGGAAAAUAUGAAAUAUGCAAGCUCCUUUUAAAACAUGGAGCAGAUCCAACAAAAAAGAACAGAGAUGGCAACACACCUCUAGACCUCGUGAAGGAGGGGGACACAGAUAUACAGGACCUGCUGCGAGGUGAUGCAGCUUUGCUGGAUGCUGCCAAGAAGGGUUGCCUGGCACGAGUUCAGAAAUUGUGUUCUCCAGAAAACAUCAAUUGCCGAGACACCCAGGGACGAAACUCAACUCCGCUGCAUCUUGCUGCCGGUUACAAUAAUUUGGAAGUUGCGGAGUAUCUUCUGGAACAUGGUGCUGAUGUCAAUGCUCAAGAUAAAGGAGGAUUAAUUCCACUACAUAAUGCAGCAUCCUAUGGGCAUGUGGAUAUAGCAGCUUUGCUGAUUAAGUACAAUACCUGUGUAAAUGCCACAGAUAAAUGGGCAUUUACCCCAUUGCAUGAAGCAGCACAAAAAGGAAGGACACAGCUGUGUGCCCUACUUCUGGCUCAUGGAGCAGAUCCAACGAUGAAGAACCAAGAAGGCCAGACACCUUUGGAUUUAGCUACAGCUGAUGAUAUUCGAGCCUUGCUGAUAGAUGCGAUGCCUCCAGAUGCCUUGCCAACCUGCUUUAAACCUCAGGCUACUGUUGUUAGUGCCUCUAUCAUUUCGCCAGCAUCAACUCCAUCCUGUCUCUCUGCUGCCAGCAGCAUAGACAACCUUGCAGGACCUCUGGCAGAAAUAGCAGUGGGAGGGGCAUCCAAUGCCGGUGAUGGAGCAGCAGGAACGGAAAGAAAAGAAGGAGAAGUUGUUGGACUUGACAUGAACAUCAGUCAGUUCUUAAAGAGUCUUGGUCUGGAACAUCUUCGGGAUAUCUUUGAAACAGAACAGAUUACCUUGGAUGUACUGGCAGACAUGGGACAUGAGGAGCUGAAAGAAAUUGGCAUCAAUGCCUAUGGGCACCGUCAUAAGUUGAUAAAAGGUGUAGAGAGACUUCUAGGUGGGCAGCAAGGCACCAAUCCUUAUUUGACUUUUCACUGUGUCAGCCAGGGAACUAUCCUUAUAGACCUUGCUCCUGAUGACAAAGAGUAUCAAUCUGUGGAAGAAGAGAUGCAGAGUACCAUCAGGGAACACAGAGAUGGUGGCAAUGCUGGGGGGAUCUUCAACAGGUAUCAUGUCAUCAGGAUUCAAAAGGUGGUGAAUAAGAAGCUGAGGGAGAGAUUCUGUCAUAGACAGAAAGAAGUCUCAGAAGAAAACCAUAACCACCACAAUGAACGCAUGUUAUUUCAUGGGUCCCCUUUUAUUAAUGCUAUAAUUCACAAAGGAUUUGAUGAAAGGCACGCAUACAUUGGAGGCAUGUUUGGAGCUGGGAUUUACUUUGCAGAAAAUUCCUCUAAAAGUAACCAAUACGUAUACGGAAUUGGGGGAGGCACAGGUUGCCCCACGCACAAAGACAGAUCAUGCUACAUCUGCCACAGACAAAUGCUCUUUUGUCGUGUGACGUUGGGGAAAUCCUUCUUGCAGUUUAGCACCAUGAAAAUGGCCCAUGCCCCGCCUGGGCAUCAUUCAGUCAUUGGCCGACCAAGCGUCAAUGGACUUGCAUAUGCUGAGUAUGUUAUCUAUAGAGGAGAACAGGCUUACCCCGAGUAUCUGAUUACAUACCAAAUUGUAAAGCCAGAUACUCCCUCACAGACAGCAACGGCCGCAGAGCAGAAGACCUAGUAAAUGCUGUUUUGGUGAAACAAAUCAGAUGACUUUAAUAACUUGCGGACUGGAUGGAUGACAAAAGUUUCAAAACAUCAACGUUUUAUGAAAUGCUUGUCACCAUGGAACUAAGUUGUAUGUGUUUUAUAAAGCAUUGCUCUAUAAACAGAUGUGAGUAACGGAGACGUACUCAAUUGCUACUAUUCCUUUUGAGGAAAUGUUUACAAAGGUUUGCCUUUUAACAACAUAUCUCAGGCUCACUUUCCCUGCAGUUGCCAUGUGUGUGACGACAUCAUUGCUUCAAUCUGGGUGUUUGGGAACAUUAUUUAACAAGCAGGGCUAGGUCAAGACCAUAUUUUUAAAAAUAAUUUCUGAUGCCACUGCUCUGGUUGUGUGAUGUGUGCAUAGCUUGUAUUGAACCCAUGCCGCCUUCUCAGAGUUGGUUGUCUUUUUGAAAAGUCCUUAGCUGGCUAUUUAUUUUACUCCCCACCCCCACCCCCACCCCCCGCACUGUGUUACGGAAAUGAGCCAGGCCCUUCUUGAGGAUAUUUUUGCACAAAGUCAAAUUGACUAAAAUCAAUGAACAAUGCAAUAGGAAUUUCUUGUCCAGGAAGGUGUUGGAGAUCUAGUUCUUUGGUCUGGGAUUCUUUUUGCACUUUUUAUGAACUCUUCUUUUUUUAUGUUACUCGAAGCGUAGUUUCAGGGUAGAAACCCGUCCUUUUGACCCUCUUGAGUUCCUCUUUCGACAAGAGGAGUUCAUACUAGUAUUCAUGUAGCAACCUCAUUUUAAAAACGCCCCUGUCUUUAAAAUGUAUGAGUUACUUUGCUAGGAUGAACACAAACGGAUAAAUCUGUCCAAGAGAAAAAAAAAUCUUUCCCACACAGGGGCUGUGAGAAAGUGAAAAUUGUCCUUAAGCUUACAACGAGAAGAAAUUCUAAACUGUUACAUUGAGGACAGUCUCAGUCAUGUGCUGUAUCAGCAACUGUCUUCUGACGUGCAAAUUGUGUUUUUUUAAAACACCAGUUGAUCAAGUAGUGUAUUUGCAUUUAUCUAAUCCCAGAAGCCUGACAGUUAUUUUCUCUCCAUUAAAUUUGUCCCCAUAAAUCUUGUUUGUAUGUGAAGAAGCCUCUUUGUGACCACCUGUCUAUUUUCAGAGGUCUAGCCACAAAAGUUUUCCAAGAGAAGCAACUUUUUUUUUUUAACAAUGCAAAAUAGCUUUAGGGGGGAAAGGAAGAAGUUGAAAAUUAAGUAGCAAUAGAGGUUUAUAAAUAGGAUAUGUAACAGAGGGAUUACAGUGUUUGUUGUAGAAAUAUAACCGUGUAAAAUCUUUAGUCUGAGGAGGUCAACAGCCAAAGAAGGUUUAAUUCCUCAAAUUACAGUUCUUCCAUUAAAGGUUUUUAUUAUUAUUAUUCCUUUAGAGUGACAACAGCAGACUGUUGCAAUUAUUUUACAACAUAUACUGGCAUCUGCUUGGAAAUGGUGGCAAAAAUAUAUUACCUGCUGACACAGCAAGCACAAGAACAAAACCCAAAAAACCUUUUGGAAAAAAAUGUCUUUGCCAAUAAUAAUCAUGUAGACUUUGACAUUGGUCAAGAUCAGUACUUGAUUCAGGCUGGCGAAAUGACUUCUAAUAUUAAGGGAGACCAGAUGAAACAAGCUUUGACAACUGUGAACCUUUCCUUUUGCUUCUGUUGUUCAUGGCCACUUAAGUCUCGCUGGGUCUGUUGGCUUACAAUGUAGGACUUUGAAGGCCAAAGCUGACCAAAAUAGUUUUUCUUUUAAUUAAGAAGGCGUGUUGGGACUUCACUGUUAGAAUUCUGAUUACCAUUCAUGUUGGAAUUUAUGUUUUUAAGCAUAGCUGGGGGGAUAUGGCAACUGCAUUGCAAGCUAAAAGGCUUUUCCACCAGCUUCACGUAGUUGUUAAUCGUAACCCAGCCAUACUUCAUAGUUCAGUUAAAUGGUUAACUUGGAUGUGGAAGUUCAGUGUUCCUUUCUCUUGGGAGAGAGAAAUCCUGUUUCUGUGGUUGUCUUUCUCCUCCAGUGUGCUAGUUCAACUAAUGGAUGUUUUAGAUUUCAUCUUGAGUCCUAACAGCCAGAUUCUCAAACUAUGGCCCCAAUAUUUUAAACUGCCCGUGUUUUGUAACUGAUGUUUUGUGCAAAGUAAAAGGUGCUGUACGAGGAAUUCCAUUUGCAGUGGCUUUUGUCUUGUUAGUUACGUGAUUCUGUUAACCCUUUCUUGGUCGGACCUUGAAAAAUACGCAUUGCAUGUUUGCUCAAGUCUUCAGAGAUAUCAAAGCCUAAGAUGGAUAGUCUUAGAAAAAUGAAAUGCACACCUGGUGUUUACUGUCCUUCAGAAUAACAUGAUAGCCACCUUUCUCUCAUGCAGGAGCUGGUAUUGCCCCAGAGAACUCACAAACCGGAUUCUUAUUUCAGAAUAAAUUCCAUAAUAAUUAUUUCAGUACGACUUCUUUCUUGCUCUGGGGAGAAGCGCGCCCCUGCCUUCCAACUGUGAAGUCGAAGUAACAAGAGUUGUGUUAUCUUUAAAUAAAUGCGGUAUCUCCUUGGCCAUUGGGUUAAAAAUAAAAUUAAAAAAGCCAUUCCCUACAGGAUCGAUCAAGAAGAUGCUAGAAACAUUGUACAAUUUAUUAGUUUCAUCCUGCCUUUUGAACAAGGGAUUACUAGUCCAUGAGAGAGAGGGCUGACUCCCUGGGUUGAGAGACCCCAGAAUUUAGUUAACAGGCCUCAAUCACAGCAUUAUAGAAACACAACAGAUCCCUAACAGAUGUACUUGUAUGAUGCAUGUCUUAGCAAAUGAGACAUUUGCCAUAUUGCAUUCUACAUUUUUUUUAGUAUAUAGCUGCAGAUGUAAAUGUGUGACGAAGCUCAUGGUGAUUAUUUUGGGAUGCCCAAGUCACACCAUUUCUGCGAUUGGUAUGUUGCUGCUACAGCAGCAAGGUUAAUUUGUUUGCCGAAAAUGGGAGAAAUGCAAGAAACAAAAAAUUAUUUGCAGAAUUUGCCUUUUUUAAUGUCACGUUGAAUACUUGGUAGAAAAGAGAUGUAUAAAUCUACACCAUUAAAAAAAUGUUUUCAGUGAACUCUCUAAGAAUAGCUCUCUAAGAAUGGCAAGUCCCUCUUUUCUGCCUAAAUUGUCUGGGCCUCAUGAUCUUGGGGCAAAACAUGAAUAUUCCACGAGCUAUGAUUUGAACUCCUGAAGUGGUGAGGAUGUGUAUGUAUUUUUUGUUUGCUUUAAACCAGGCAUAGGAGACUCUGAUUUUGAAAGACGCGACAGUGCUGCUGGAAACUGUACUGUGCUGUUUCCAACUCUAAAUUGUGCCUCUCCCCAGCUGCUGUAAGUCCAACAGCAGGAAUAAAGCAACAUGUGCCUCUCUUGUAGGGGUUGUGUUUUUUAUUACGGAUCCACAGGGCAGUUUAGAGCAAUGGAAUGACCCAAAAAGAAGGAUGCAAUAAAAUCCUACUUUAAAGCAAAAGAAGAAGGGUAGAUCAGUUACUGGAUCUUCCUUAUACAGGCGACUCCCCACUUACACAGGGGUUACAUUCUGGGGCCCAAUUGCGCAUAAGUGAAAUUGCAUGAAGUGGGCAGCACCCUCUAAACACCCUUUAAAUGCCCUCUCUGCUGCUGUCUCUUCAAUCCAGGCAAAAUACUGUACCCAAAAAAUAUCCACAACUAGAAUUGAAGCUCUGGGGCUGGCAAGAGGCUGGAGGAUGCAAGGGAAAGCCUCUACUGCUGUUGUGCUACCCUGCACAUCAGCUGUUAGCCGGGGAGGCUGAGCAGCGUAAACAAAGGCCCACUAUGCCUCCAGUCUCUUCAGGGCUUCCUCUGCUUUCACUGAUGUCCUCUUCAGGCUCCCAGGAGAGUCUCCUUGCGAGCCACGAGGUCUCUCCUGCUCACUCCCAUUAUUUCCAGGUUUGAAUUGAAUUAUUUAAUUAAUUGACUUAAUUAAGGAGCCUGGGUAGCUCAGUUGCUUAGAGUGUGGUGCUGAUAGCGCCAAGGUUGCAGGUUCGAUCCCCAUAUGGGACAGCUGUAUAUUCCUGCAUUCCAGGGGGUUGGAAUAGAAGAUCCUCGGUGUCCCUUCCAUCUCUAGAAUUCUAGAAUUGUAUUUAAUUAUUACCCAGCGCCGCACGUAUACAGGGCCGUGCACAAGUAGGACACGCAUUAAGUGGUGGGAUGCCUGUAUGUGUUCCAGCCCUUAAGAGAAUGGCAGGAGAAUCUGCUAGCAGGGCUACCAUUAGGCGGAGGAGGUUUUGGCGUACCACUUAAAGGAUCGCAAAUCAUCAGCUAGUCAAUAUUUUGACCACCGUGGAGGGGGAGGCUGUUGAAUUUUUGGCCUCGCACAUCAAAGUGUCUGCCAGGAUACUGAAUUACAGCCCAUCACGGCGGGGGGGGGGGGGGGGGACUUGGGAUGCUGUUUUCAGUGCUGUUAAUAUGCUUAAUUUAGAAGUAUACUUGGCAGCAUUUUAAUAAUGUAUUAAAUAACGACUGGAAAAAAUUAAAAUGCCAUGUUUGUGUGCCUGAUGGAUAACCACAAUAGGCACGAGCAGAGCAACAGUGCUGUGGUUGGAGUUGAUUACACAUGCAUUGCAAAGCAUAAAAUAGAGCUGAUUGGUUCCCUUAAUUCACAUUUACAGCGGCCUUCUCAGCAUGGCCAGAGGCUGCAGUCAGGUUCUGUCACAUGGAAGCCUUGUAUUUGAAUGCGAGAGCUGUAUCCAUGGGCGCUGAAGUUCGUAUUGCAAGCAAAAUAGCUGUGAGUGCUGUGAGAGAUGCCUGCCCUUAGCUGCUCCCCAGACGAUGGUGUGUCGGCUGCUGUGAAUGUGAAGAGAGCCAGUGAAAUUGGUGGCUGAAGACUGCUGCAUUUUGUGCUGCGUUCGCUUGCAGCCAUCCUCAUCUUGAAGCUGGUCUCAAAUGUUAAAACGUCCAUAUGAAUAUGAGCUCUUAAUGUUUCCACCCACCGUACAUCUGAUUAUUGUGAAUAUCAAUACCACUUCUGGUGCUUUCUGACACUCCCAAGUAUAAAUCUCCCAUUCCCAGCUGGCUUCAUGCAUGCAAGAGGAACUAGAUUUGUAGUUAUUGCUGCAACACCCAAUGUCAGUGACUGAAGCCUUCAAAUGUUCUCUUAAGGAAUUCUCCUAAAGGUGGGUUCCUCGCAUAUGUAGAAAUGGCUCCCCAGGAUUGUACCCAAUAGGAGCAAGGCUACAUGUAUUCUGUGAUUCUUCAGUAGCACUGAGAAAAGUCGCAGGAUAGUAUGGGGUGUAGGACUCCUGCUAACCUCACCUGCACCAAAACACAGUUUUCUGGUGCUUUAUAGUGUGGGGGCAAUUAGUCUGCUGAAAUCAGAGUUAAUUUCCAGAAAUUAAGGCUUGGACUUCAGUAUCCUUCAUAGCUCCUUGCUAAUCCCUAAUACAAAGGUAGAACAAAUAAUGGAAAAUUGUAGAACUGCAUAAAACACAUGGGAAAUAAGAUCAUGCAUAUUUGCUUAGUACAUAAUUUAGACAAGCUGCAGAAACUGGAUGCAGAAUUUUAGUUUAUUUUAGAAUGGAAUCUCACCCAGGUUUCCACCGUGUCUGCUUAGAGGUUUUGUGAAGCACAGAGUUGGGGUUUUUUCAUAUUAAUAAAAAGGAAUGCUUUUAUUGGAGGAAAAUGUGGCUGUGAUCACAGAGGAUGGUAAUAUUUUCACCUUGACUUCCUUCCAUGGUCCUUGUGGUUUGUGGCUGUGAAGGUGGAAAAAGAAGACUAAUUAUGCAUCAAAGUUGAAAUGUGUCUAUGGCGGUGAAUACUCAUUCGUGUUUGUAGCUUACUGAUCGACCAGAAGGUAGAUUUGUGUGUGUGCUGGUUCAGUUCAAAGUAUUGGUUUGGUAAAGGGUUUAAAAGCUUGUCUGUUACAAUGCAAUCUCAACUUCCCCCCCUUUUUUGCAAUUGGCAACUUUGCAGUAGCCAUCAACCUGUGUAUGCAACCCUCCUAACAAUUUUAACACCUAGUUAUUUCCAUAGGCACUACCAACUACUAGCUUUGCAUUUAAAACAAAAACAAAAAAACCUUGUAUAACUUGCUUGCAUUGCUAGCCUUGUGUUCUUAAUACCUGUUGGCCAUAGAAGAACAUAUGAAAUCCCAAAAUGGCCUUUCAUUGUUUGUGACCUGGAACUGGGAUGUUUAUUCCCCGCCCCCCUCUUGCUAAAAAGAGGAUAUUAGAGUCUCUUAACUUAACCAAUGUGAUGGAAUUUUGCAUAAAGCCAAUGUAACAACUUAGAUAUUACUGUGCUUUAACUUAAUGUCUGACCUAUAAGUACUUGUGACAGAUUAAGAUUCAAUAAACACACUUUUUUAAAAA